ACUCUCACUCUACAUCUUCAACUAAUGUAAAGAGUAAAGUCACACUCCAUCUUUCCCCCUAAAACUCCCAACCUUCUUCUAUCUCUUUCACCUUUUUCCAUCCCUUACUCCACUGCCUAACCAUGAUCACCGCACACGACUUCUACACCGUCAUGGCAGCCAUGGUCCCACUCUACGUAGCCAUGAUCUUAGCCUACGGCUCGGUCCGGUGGUGGAAAAUCUUCUCACCGGACCAGUGUUCCGGUAUCAACCGUUUCGUAGCAAUUUUCGCCGUCCCAUUACUUUCCUUUCAUUUCAUUUCGUCCAACAAUCCAUGGGACAUGAACCUUCAUUUUAUAGCCGCCGACACUCUUCAAAAAAUAAUAAUGCUAGUAAUAUUAGCCCUUUGGACUAAUAUCACACGUAAUGGAAGUCUAGAAUGGAUGAUCACAAUAUUUUCACUAUCUACUUUACCGAAUACGCUUGUAAUGGGUAUACCAUUACUUAUUGCUAUGUAUGGUAAAUAUUCGGGUAGUCUAAUGGUACAAGUUGUUGUACUCCAAUGUAUUAUUUGGUACACACUUUUAUUAUUUUUAUUUGAGUAUCGUGGUGCGAAGAUUUUAAUUAUGGAACAAUUUCCUGAAACGGCUGCUAGUAUUGUGUCGUUUAAAGUUGAUUCGGAUGUUGUUUCGUUAGAUGGGAGAGAUUUUCUUGAGACUGAUGCUGAAAUUGGUCGAGAUGGGAAAUUACAUGUUAAAGUACGGAAGUCUAAUGUGUCACGACGGUCGAUUUCGGGUAUGACGCCUCGACCAUCUAAUUUGACAGGGGCAGAGAUUUAUAGUUUAAGUUCGUCGAGAAAUCCGACUCCUAGAGGGUCUAAUUUUAAUACGUCGGAUUUUUAUUCUAUGAUGGGUUACCAAGGAUUUGGGGGUAGGUUGUCUAAUUUUGGACCUGCUGAUAUGUAUUCUGUACAAUCAUCGCGUGGACCCACCCCUCGUCCUUCGAAUUUUGACGAGAAUCCGAGCACGUCUCCGCGAUUCGGGUUUUACCCUGGCGCAACUGUUGCGCCAGGGUCAAAUUCGGCUGCUGGAUCUUAUCCAGCGCCGAAUCCAGAGUUUGUUAAUGGCUCUGUGGGAAGUGCUAAUAAUAAUAAGAAUAGUGGGGGAAAGAAUCAGGUGCAGCAAAGCACUCAUCAACAGGGUGGUCAUCAUCAAAGUAAGUUAAGUCAUGAUGCGAAAGAAUUGCAUAUGUUUGUGUGGAGUUCAAGUGCAUCACCAGUAUCAGAAGUUGGUGGGCUCCACGUAUUUGGGAGUAAUGAUUUAGGACCGCAUGAUCAAUCAGGACGGUCUGAUCAAGGUGCUAAGGAAAUCAGGAUGAUGGUUUCUGAUCAUCCACAAAAUGGUGAAACAAAAGCUCCAUUAUUGAUUUCAGGGUUAAGGAAAAGCGAGGAAUUUGCUAGGGAAGAUUUCAGCUUUACAGGUGGAGAAGAAGAAAAAGAAAAAGAAAAUGGAAUGCAAAUAGAGUUUAAUAAAUUAGGGUCGAGCUCAGCUGUCGAGCUUGAUCCUAAAGCGGUGGCGGCAGCCGGGGCGGAAUUAGGCGGCGGCAGCAAACAAUUGCCACCAGCAAGUGUAAUGACAAGAUUAAUCUUAAUCAUGGUUUGGAGGAAGUUAAUUAGAAAUCCCAACACGUAUUCAAGCUUAAUCGGCCUAAUUUGGUCUUUGGUUUCUUUUAGGUAUCAUGUGGAAAUGCCGUCAAUAAUUGCGAAUUCAAUAUCGAUUCUAUCAGAUGCAGGACUUGGAAUGGCCAUGUUCAGUUUGGGUUUGUUCAUGGCUCUACAACCAAAGAUAAUUGCAUGUGGAAAUAAGGUUGCUAUUUUUGCCAUGGCUGUGAGGUUCCUUACUGGUCCUGCUGUCAUGGCCGUGGCUGCUAUUGCUAUUGGCUUACGAGGCGAUCUUCUCCGGAUCGCUAUUGUUCAGGCGGCUCUUCCUCAAGGAAUUGUUCCAUUUGUUUUUGCCAAAGAAUACAACAAUCAUCCACAAAUACUGAGCACUGCCGUGAUCUUUGGGAUGUUGAUAGCAUUACCAAUAACCUUGGUGUACUACAUCCUUCUUGGACUAUAAAUUUUGUUGCCUUCAAAGGAUUGAGUUUGCUAAGUUUUAUACUACUUUGAAGUUUUCAUUGUACCGAGUUUUGGGAAGAAGGUUCGUUCUAGAAACCAAACUAGGUUGCAUCGAAAGGAGAUCAAAAGGGUACACAAAGGAUUUUUGAUUUACAAUAUUCUGUUCUAACACGACUUUACUCGACUCGACUCGAAAAUAAUGAGUUUUUCAAGGUGGAAAUGGUCAAAAGAAAUAUGUGCUAAUUCUCAUUCACUUAGAAAAUGAUGAUGAUUGGUUAGAGAUUAAAGAUUUGACUUCUUCAAGGAAUUUGCUGCCUAAUAUCAGGAUCAUGCUCCCACAACAUUUUAAUUUUAAUUGGCCUCUUAAAAAUAAAGUUUUUUUUUUAUAUAUAUAUAUAAAUACAUUGCAUCUAAUUUUUAUUUAUUUUUCUAAAGUUUGGCGGUUGAAAAAGAAGGAAAUUAGGGGAAAAGUAGUGGGUCCCAUCCAAGGAUUUUAUAGUGUUAGUAUUAUUAUUAUUUUUAGUAGUGAUGAUUUUAGUAAUAUUCUUGGUGGAUUAAUGAAAUGUAGUGUAAAUCUUUGAUUUGUAAAUGCAACUUUUGUUUUUGGAAAUUCCAAUUUUUAUUAUUAUUAUUUUUGGUAAA